AGUGCGCACGCGCAACCUAACGCGGGACUGCCAGCAACUUCCGGGCGUUUACAGGCAGGCAGGUCAGUGAUGUGUCCUAAGGGUCCGACCGACCUAGAUACCCCUCUUUGAUUCCUCCUCUUGGGAUUAGUGUCCAUCUCUGGAAGCAGGAUCCAGGAGGACGGGAGGGGCCGCUGCGGACCGCAGUCGCUCCACCUGGAGGAGACACCAGAAGGAAGACAGCCUGAGGGACGCAGCGAUCCCCGGCUCCUACCGGCGCCACGCGCACGCGCACGCGCACGCGCACAGGGAGUCAGCUGGCUGCGCGGGAGGUCACGGGAAGUGGGGCGGUGCCCAGACAGCUGGAGGGAAGGAGGUGUCAGGCGGGGAGAGACGCAAACGGCGGGACCAGCAGCGACGGUAGCAGCAGCAUGGCCGCGAUCUAUGGGGGUGUAGAGGGGGGAGGCACACGAUCCAAGGUCCUUUUAGUCUCAGAGGAUGGGAAGAUCCUGGCAGAAGCAGAUGGACUGAGCACAAACCACUGGCUGAUCGGGACAGACAAGUGUGUGGAGAGGAUCAAUGAGAUGGUGAACAGGGCCAAACGGAAAGCAGGGGUGGAUCCUCUGGUACCGCUGCGAAGCUUGGGCCUAUCUCUGAGCGGUGGGGACCAGGAGGACGCGGGGAGGAUCCUGAUCGAGGAGCUGAGGGACCGAUUUCCCUACCUGAGUGAAAGCUACUUAAUCACCACCGAUGCCGCCGGCUCCAUCGCCACAGCUACACCGGAUGGUGGAGUUGUGCUCAUAUCUGGAACAGGCUCCAACUGCAGGCUCAUCAACCCUGAUGGCUCCGAGAGUGGCUGCGGCGGCUGGGGCCAUAUGAUGGGUGAUGAGGGUUCAGCCUACUGGAUCGCACACCAAGCAGUGAAAAUAGUGUUUGACUCCAUUGACAACCUAGAGGCGGCUCCUCAUGAUAUCGGCUACGUCAAACAGGCCAUGUUCCACUAUUUCCAGGUGCCAGAUCGGCUAGGGAUACUCACUCACCUGUAUAGGGACUUUGAUAAAUGCAGGUUUGCUGGGUUUUGCCGGAAAAUUGCAGAAGGUGCUCAGCAGGGAGACCCCCUUUCCCGCUAUAUCUUCAGGAAGGCUGGGGAGAUGCUGGGCAGACACAUCGUAGCAGUGUUGCCCGAGAUUGACCCGGUCUUGUUCCAGGGCGAGAUUGGACUCCCCAUCCUGUGCGUGGGCUCUGUGUGGAAGAGCUGGGAGCUGCUGAAGGAAGGUUUUCUUUUGGCGCUGACCCAGGGCAGAGAGAUCCAGGCUCAGAACUUCUUCUCCAGCUUCACCCUGAUGAAGCUGAGGCACUCCUCCGCUCUGGGUGGGGCCAGCCUAGGGGCCAGGCACAUCGGGCACCUCCUCCCCAUGGACUAUAGUGCCAAUGCCAUUGCCUUCUAUUCCUACACCUUCUCCUAGGGGGCUGGUCCCGGCUCCACCCCCUCCAAGCUCAGUGGACACUGGGUCUGGAAGGAAGGAGUCUUUUGCUUCCUUUCUCCUUUUUACAAAAACAAACAUAGAAGAAAAUAAAUGCACUUUAUCCACUCCCCAA